AUGGCUGACUGGUCGAUGUACCACUCCUUGGGUCAAGGCGAAGAAGACAAAAAUAAUAACCACACCAGAAUUGUACCCGCCGCGCCUCAAUUCGCACCUCCUGUUGCGCAGCAUCCUUCUGGAUAUCCUUACGGCAGCGCCAUUCCGCCCUCUGGGCCAUAUGGAAGUGUUCAUACACCCGUUCCCCCCGCGGGGGUUCCACCACCACCACCACCACCACCACCACAGCAAAACCAAGCACCAGCACCUGUAGAUCCACAAGGUGGAAUUGGAGGACUGGCAGCACAGAUGGGAGGCUUGGGAAUAGCAGGAGAUAUGGGUAGUAUUAGGGGCCACAAGAAGAAGCAUCGUCAUGCGCACCAUGAGAUACUUCCACCAUCGGGCUCCUCUCAAGCCUUUGGCGGCAUGCCACAAGGUCAGGUCCAAAAUCCCUCGCAGUUUCUUGACACGGGAAUCAACCAGUUCUCGCAGCAACAUGCGUCUCCUACUAGUCCUAUGCAGAGGAUGCCGCCCGGGAUGCAACAUCCUCAUGGCGCUGGUGAUGGCUCUGUACCUACGCACGGCAAAGUUGAUCCAGCGCACAUACCCGGAGUACCUUCAUCACGCGAUUUGGCCGCACAGUAUUAUCUAAAUCAAGUGUAUCCGACCCUAGCUCACCAUCGCCCUCCUCCCGCCACAAUACCCUUCAUAGCUCAAGACCAGGGCGUUUCCUCUCCGAAGUUUGCGCGGUUAACGCUGAACAACAUCCCAUUCUCCGCGGAUACUCUUUCCUCUACCUCCCUUCCACUUGGCAUGAUUAUACAGCCGCUAGCGCCUUUAGACUCUGGAGAACAGACCGUCCCUGUUUUGGAUUUUGGCGAUGCUGGCCCACCACGAUGUCGACGGUGCAGAACUUAUAUAAAUCCGUUUAUGAUUUUCAAGGCUGGAGGGAACAAGUUUAUCUGUAAUAUGUGUACUUUUCCCAACGACACACAGCCGGAAUAUUAUGCGCCACUUGAUCAUUCAGGGGUACGCGUGGAUCGAAUGCACCGACCGGAGCUGAUGCUAGGUACCGUUGAAUUCAUGGUUCCAAAAGAAUAUUGGAAUAAAGAGCCAGUUGGUUUACGGUGGCUUUUUGUCCUUGAUGUUUCCCAGGAAGCUGUGAAUUCGGGAUUUUUAGAAGCAUGCUGCGAAGGGAUAAUGGGGGCGUUGUAUGGGGGUGACGAAGAGAAUGAAGAUGGGAAUGAUGAAAUUUCAAAUCAGCGACUUCCUCCCGCCGCAAAAGUCGGAAUAGUUACGUUUGAUAAGGAAAUACAUUUCUACAACCUCAGUUCCUCCCUUCAGCAAGCGCAAAUGAUAGUGAUGCCUGAUUUGGAUGACCCAUUUGUUCCCUUGAACGAAGGCUUAUUUGUUGAUCGCCAUGACUCAAAACAUGUCAUUUCCUCUCUCUUAUCACAAAUCCCCACCCUGUUCUCUCAGAUUAAAAACCCCGAGCCAGCUCUUCUUCCAACAAUUAAUGCUGCAUUUUCGGCUCUCCAAGAAACAGGGGGGAAAAUCCUUUGUUCUUUAGCUAGUUUGCCGACAUGGGGCCCUGGUCACUUAUUCUUGAGAGAGGAUGGAAAGGGCCAAGGGACUGAUGCUGAAAAGCGACUUUUCACCACAGAGCAUGCUGGCUGGAAAAAGGUUGCGAUGAAAAUGGCCGAGAACGGAGUAGGUCUCGAUUUUUUCGUCGCAGCUAGCGGAGGGAAAUAUAUCGACAUUGCUACGAUUGGUCAUGCAUCUGCUGUUUCAGGGGGAGAGGUCUUCCUCUACCCAAAUUUCCAAGCCCCACGGGACGUAUUAAAAUUGUCGAGUGAGCUCUCGCAUUCUAUUAACCGCGAAACGGGAUUCCAAGCUCUACUCAAAGUGAGAUGUUCCAAUGGACUACAAGUUACUGCAUAUCAUGGGAAUUUCUUACAACAUACGUUUGGUGCCGACCUUCUAAUUGGAAGUGUUGAUGCGGAUAAGGCCUUCGGUGUUACUUUCAACCAUGAUGGAAAAUUGGAUUCCAAAAUCGAUGCACACUUCCAAGCAGCCCUUCUUUAUACCACUGCCAAUGGCCAAAGGCGUGUAAGGUGCAUCAACUCCGUUGCGGCGGUUAAUGAGGGUGGUAUGGAUACUAUGCAGUGCCUUGACCAGGAUGCCAUUGUGAAUAUUUUGAUCAAAGAAGCUGCUUCGAAAAUGCCUGAAAAGUCAUUGAAGGACAUCCGCGCCUCUUUAAGUGAGAAGACGAUCGACAUUUUGGCCAGCUACCGGAAAAAUUUCUCCACGUCGCAGCCUCCGGGUCAACUUGUUUUACCUGAACACCUGAAAGAGUUUCCUAUGUAUUUGCUAAGCUCCAUCAAGUCGCGACCUUUCAAGGGAGGCCAAGAACCUUCGGAUAGGCGUGUUCAUGAUUUAAGAAUGCUUAGGUCAUUUGGCUGUAGAGAACUUGGUCUUUACCUCUACCCACGCAUCAUCCCAAUUCACAAUAUGAGACCCGAAGACGGGUUUGCAAACAGCGAAGGCAAACUUCAAGUUCCACCGUCGAUACGCGCGUCGUUUUCACAGAUCGACGAAGGUGGCGCAUAUAUUGUUGACAAUGGGCAGAUAUGCCUCAUUUGGAUACACGCCAAUGUCUCCCCUAAUCUUCUCGAAGAUCUCUUCGGCUCGGGGCACACAUCUUUAGCGUCGCUCGACGCCAAUACCUCCUCGCUUCCGGUUCUAGAAUCCCACUUGAAUGCUCAAGUUCGCAAUAUACUACAGUAUCUAAGCACGAUCCGCGGAUCCAAAGCUGUCGCAAUCCAACUCGCACGGCAAGGACUCGACGGUGCCGAAUACGAGUUUGCGCGGUUGCUUGUGGAAGACAGGAAUAGCGAAGCGCAGAACUAUGUGGACUGGCUCGUUCACCUGCAUCGGCAGAUCCAGCUUGAACUUGGCGGGCAUAGGAAAAAGGAGGACGGCGAGGCAAGCGGAGUUGGUAGCAUGGAAAGUACUUUAACAGGUCUAGCGGGCUUGCGUCCCCCGUACUGGUGA